UUUCAUAGAACUGUUCGAUGGGCAAGUUUUAUAGAUUUGGGAAUGGACAACGAUGAUGUAGAUCAAAAUAUUCUAUCUGCUGAUCCGAUUCCACUGGAUACAAUCAGUGGUUCGAUUUUGAGAAAAGUUAUCCAAUGGUGCCAGUAUCAUAAGGACGAUCCAGAAACACCAGAAGAAAUGGAUAGUAAAGAAAAGCGCACAGAUGACAUUCCUCCAUGGGAUGUUGAAUUUCUCAAAGUCGAUCAGGGAACUCUAUUUGAAUUAAUUUUGGCUGCAAAUUUCCUGGAUAUCAAAGGUUUAUUGGAUGUGACAUGUAAAACUGUUGCGAAUAUGAUCAAAGGGAAAUCACCGGAGGAAAUCCGACGAACUUUCAAUAUUAAAAAUGAUUUUACUCCGGAGGAAGAAGAACAGAUUCGAAAAGAAAAUGCGUGGUGCGAAGAUUGA